GACCAGUUAUGACGGUGAGGGUGAUUACGUUGUUGAUCCAUUUCGCAACAGCGAACAUCAUCUUCCCAUACGUACAACCAAUAUGCGAUCCCACGAAUCUCGCAUAUCCAGGAUGUCUCCGCGGCCAAGUUUGCUUAGCCAACGGCACAUGCAAACUCGAUGACGACCCCUUCUAUCCGCAAUCAUUUAGACGCCGUGCCGACGAUCUUGUCAAUAUCGUGCCUCCCCGCUCAGAUGGUAAAUGCGGCCAAAAUGCAGGAGGCGCCACGUGUGGUCCCGAUCCAAAAGGACCAUUUGGACCUUGCUGCUCACAACAUGGAUGGUGCGGGAAAACGGACGUCCAUUGUGCAGCCUCGCAAGGAUGCCAGGCAGAGUUUGGGGUUUGCGCUUCCGUUACAACGUCCUCAAUAAUUACAAGCACAAAGGCUGCGAAACCCAACUCCGAAACGGCGAGGGUCAGCUCGGGAGAACCGGUUAUCGGAAUUCCUACGAGUUCUGCACCUCGUCAACCUCAAACAACUGUGAUAACCGAGGACGGAAGUUGUGGAAUCCAGCAUGACCAUACUGAGUGUGGAGAUUGGUCUAAUGGCGCUUGCUGUAGCAUGUAUGGGUUUUGUGGGAACACCAUCGCUCAUUGUGGCGAUGGAUGCCAGUCUGGACCAUGCCUGAAUGAGGCAGUCCCUAAAGCACCUGGCCCAAGUCCAGCACCGGCAAACGCAAAUCCUGGAAAGUUCAGUCUGGUCGGUGACUCUGGUGUUCCUGCAAUGCAUGCAGGACUGUUGCCAAACGGAAAAGUUGUGUUUCUGGAUAAGGUCGAGAACUACACCCAAAUGAAACUUCCGAACGGACAGUACGCGUACUCAUCCGAGUGGGAUCCGGUGUCCAAGAAGGUUGUGCCACUUGGAUAUAAAACGAAUGCGUUCUGCGCUGGGGGUAUAUUCUUAGCGGAUGGCACCUUCGUUUCGCUUGGUGGGAAUUUCCCACUGACAGAUAUCGAUCCAACCGUUGGGGAUGGCUUCAAAGCAAUCCGGCAUCUUAGGCGCUCGUUAACGGAUGCAUCACUGGAUGGCCAAAACUGGAUUGAGGGUGCUAACCAAAUGUCCACCGGUAGAUGGUACGCGUCUGCACAGACUCUACCGGACGGCAAAAUCUUCGUCGCUUCCGGCAGCCUCAACGGACUGGAUCCAACAGUGUUCGCGAACAAUAACCCGACGUACGAGAUUUUAUCGAGAAAUGGGCAACCAGUUGGCGGUUCCAUCCCAAUGGAACUUCUUGUGAAAGCUCAGCCUUAUUACAUGUAUCCAUUCAUCCAUCUCCUGCGAGAUGGUUCUCUAUUCGUCUUCGCGUCGAAGUCAUCGGAAUUGUUCGAUUCGGUUACGAACCGUACAAUACGACAGUUUACAGACCUCCCUGGAGACUACCGCUCCUAUCCAAACACCGGCUCGUCAGUGAUAUUGCCCCUUUCUUCGGCGAAUAACUGGGACCCAGAAGUCUACGUUUGCGGCGGGGGAGCCUAUCAAGACCUAACUUCACCGACCGAUCCAUCAUGUGGACGCAUCGCACCACUGUCACAAAAUCCAGAGUGGGAGAUGGACAGCAUGCCGCAGGGACGAUGUAUGGUGGAAGGAGUGUUACUUCCGGAUGGUAGCGUCGCAUGGCUCAACGGUGCGAGCAAAGGUGCUCAAGGGUUUCUCCUCGCGGCGAAUCCCACCUUGGAGCUUCUUCUCAUGGAUCCGACCAAGCCGCUCGGACAACGUUGGAUGACAGACGCCGCGAGCGAGAUCCCUCGAUUGUAUCAUUCUGUGGCACUCUUAUUGUUGGAUGGCACCAUCCUCGUCGCAGGAUCCAACCCGGUGGAGAUGCCCAUCUUAAAACCAACGGAACAGAGCCCCUAUGUGACGGAGUUCAGGAUGGAAAUCUAUACUCCGCCCUACUUGCGUGACGACAAUGCAACCAAGCGCCCAUCGAAGCUUACGCUUUCUAAAACAACUGUCUCCGCGUCGUCCGGGACCGAUUCGGUGACCGCUACGUUCUCGGUUCCCAAAGGGGCGAACAAGGCCAAGGUUUCAUUAAUAUAUGGAGGAUUUGUCACGCACUCCGUUCACAUGGGACAGCGGAUGCUGUGGCUCGACAUUGAAGGAUGGAAAGCAGGCAACACGGAACAGAAGAUUGUGGUCAAGGCACCUCCAAGCACAAGUGUGGCCCCUCCAGGACCGUACAUGCUUUUUGUUGUCGUUGAUGGCAUCCCAUCGGUUGGUCAAUUCGUCAUGGUAAAUUAGAAGGAGGUCGG